AAUGUUCUCCACCCUGUGUGCUCAUGCUGCGUUUGGGUGCUCCUCGGAUGAUUCAGUUUGUCGGGUUAGGAAGUCGUGAACGUCACUAUGGUUGUUAAAUUGUACUUCUGGAACAGUUUAGACCCCGUUUGGAAUUUGAGUGCAGCUAUUUAAUGUCACUAGUUGACUUGUUGUUUCGACAUCAGACACAGUUAAAACCAUUUCACUAACGGAACCUGAUUCUUCCCCAAUUAUCCCCACACCACGUAAAUGCGGGGUCUCUUUGUACACCUUACCAUGGAUAUUUUACUCCCGGAUCCGCCAAUCAUCUCCUGCUGAGGCGUUUCGUUUCACGUCGGCGUCCAAUGAACGAGCGUAGUUUCAGCGGAGGCGGGCUCAUAUCACCUGUCAAUCAUUCCAAAGAGGCGGGGAAAGGAUCACAGAAAGAGCUAAGCUAGACGAGCUACUCUGCGAAAACGACUUUUACCCGUCCGCAUCCGACGACGUUAAAACCUGUCGGAUUUCUUACAUAAAUGCUCCUAUGGAUUAUUAAAACACUUUCGUCGAAGAACAGGACUGUUUCUCAACUUGACAGCAUAGCCUCUGCUUCAUCCCACUGGUCACCUGGAGGACUCAUAGAGAGAUGAAGACUCUGGAGGAGCCCCCCUACCUGACCGUGGGGACGGAUGUGAGCGCCAAGUACCGAGGGGCUUUCUGCGAGGCCAAGAUCAAGACUGCCAAGAGGCUCGUCAAGGCCAAAGUGACCUUUAAACCAGAUCUGUCCACGGCAGAGGUUCAUGAUGACAGCAUCAAAGGACCUUUAAAGGUGGGCGCUGUCGUCGAGGUGAAGAAUCAGGACGGAGUUUACCAGGAGGCCACAAUCAAUAAGCUGACGGACGCCAGUAUAUAUACUGUUGUGUUUGACGACGGCGAUGAGAAGACCCUGAGGCGUUCAUCUCUGUGCCUGAAAGGAGCGCGUCACUUUGCAGAGAGCGAGACCCUCGACAGACUCCCUCUCACUAAUCCCGAGCACUUCGGCACACCUGUCAUCGGCAAGAAGGGAAACCGCGGCCGCCGGUCGAACCCAGUUCAAGAAGAGGAGCUGUCGUCGUCCUCCAGCGAGGAAGAGGAGAGCGAUCAGCGGCAGAACGAGGAUCUGCUCGGUAAAGUGGUCUGCGUGGAGGGGGUCGUCACCGGGGACAAGAAGAAGACCACGUGGUACCCUGCUCUGGUCAUCUCCCCAGAUUGCCAUGACGACGUGACGAUGAAGAAGGACAACGUCUUCGUCCGCUCGUUCAAGGACGGAAAAUUUUACACCGUGCUGAGGAAGGAUAUCCGUGAGAUCAACAGCGACUGUCCCCCGAAAGCCGACACAGCGCUCAAACCAGCGCUGGACGCAGCUUUGGAGUUCUCGCUGCACUUCGUGGUGCCGAGCGCCUGGAAGACAGAAGUGAAGGAGGAGAGUUCCAGCAGCGAGGACGACGACGAGGAUGAAGAGGAGGAGCAGGAAGAAGACGCCAAGGGCGAGGAGGAGGAGGAGGAAGUGGAGCCGUUCCCAGAAGAGAGGGAGAACUUCCUGCAGCAGCUCUACAAGUUCAUGGAGGACCGAGGAACCCCCAUCAACAAGCGGCCCGUGCUGGGCUACAGAAACCUGAACCUGUUCAAGCUCUACAGACUGGUGCACAAACUGGGAGGCUUCGACAAUAUUGAGAGCGGCUCCGUUUGGAAGCAGGUCUACCAGGAUCUGGGAAUCCCGAUCCUCAACUCAGCCGCCGGCUACAACGUCAAAUGUGCUUAUCGCAAGUACCUGAACGGGUUUGAGGAGUACUGCACGUCCACCGCCAUCACCUUCAGGAUGGACCUCCCUCUGAAGCAGGGCCCAAAGGGGGAGGUGAAGUCUGAGGGGGAGGGGGGAGGAACAGCUGCUACACCCUCUGCUUCUGAAGAGCAGAAACCCCAGGAGGACGGAGAACCAUGUUCAUCUGUAAUAUCUGUAACAUCUGUAACAUCCGUAGUCUGCAAGGAAGAGAAACCCGACCAAAACAAAACCGAGUCCGAACCAUCACAGACGGACGAGGGCAAGAAGAGCGACAACGAGGAAGAGGACGAGGAAGAGGAAGACUCCCUGCUGAAGGGAGACGCGGACGAGGGCUCGUCGACGGCUCACCUCGGAGCAGAGAGCGUGAAGCAGGAGUGCGAGGAGGAGCCGGAGAGCAAGGACAACUCUGGGGAUGACAGCAGUCAGGAAGGUCAGGAAGGGGAGGAGUUUGAGUGUUACCCCCCGGGGAUGAAGGUGCAGGUGAGGUAUGGGCGAGGCCGCAAUCUGAAGACGUACGAGGCCACUGUGAAAGAGGCAGACGUGGAGGGGGGAGAGGUGCUCUACCUGGUGCACUACUGUGGCUGGAACGUCAGAUACGAUGAAUGGAUCAAAGCGGAUAAGAUCGUGCGUCCGGCCAAUAAGAACGUACAAAAAAUAAAACACCGCAAAAAAAUAAAGAACAAGGCGGAGAGGGAGCGCGAGCGUCUGGAGAGGCUCACUGACAGAGAUGUGCUCGGCCCGCCCAACCGCCUCCCACGCACCAAAAACGGCCUGAGUCAGGAUGUGUUUUCCAAGAUGGACGAGGGUGAGGACAAAGGGACUCAGCAGUCUCCCGUCAAGUCUAUAGAAAUUACUUCUAUCCUCAAUGGCCUGCAAGCCUCCGAGGUGUCCACAGACGAGAGCGAGCAUGACGACGACGAGCACAAUGAAGAGGAUCACCCGGGCUGCAGAGGCAGAAAGGCCCCCGAGCCCCCACAGACCUCAGAGCGCUGGGAGAGCAGCCCCCCCCCCGAAGGACCCAAACCCCCCCCAAACUCAGGAAAGAACCUCGACCCGGCCGCGGCGGAGAGCUCGGACGCCGGGAAGCGAAGGAGCCAACCCGAGUUAGAGGGAGAGGCGAGCAGCCGGAAGAGGAAGUCUGACCCUGCAGCAGAGAGACCCCCUAAAGGACAAUCCAAAACCAAGACCAGGAGCACCCGGAGCGCCGACUGGCUCCCCGCCGGAUCUCCACGAGCGCCCGCUCCUCCCGGGGACGAGAGCAGUAGCUCAGACGACGAAGGCACCGCGGCGACCAAGUCUCAGGCGGGCGAGAGCGAGCGCAGUCGGCCAAAAAACAAAGGUCCCCCUUCAAAGAAGUACAACGGGAUGAAGGAGAAGAGCAAAGCGGGCCGACAGGCGGGAUUCUGGGAGAUUCCUGAAAAAAGAGCGAAACCAUCGGGACCCGUGGAGGAGCGGCCGGCGGUCCGCUCCAAAGGUCAGAAGGACGUGUGGUCCAGCAUCCAGGCGCAGUGGCCCAAGAAGACCCUCAAAGAGUUGUUUUCUGACUCGGACACGGAGGCCAACUCACCGCCACCUCCCAUGCCCUCGUGUCUGGAGGACCCGAGCGGCGAGCAGGGCGGCGGCCCGGAGGACGAGGCGUCAGAGGAGCCAAUGGAGAACGACAAACUGCAGGAGUUCCCGAGCAGCGGCAGCAACUCUGUGCUCAACACGCCGCCAACCACGCCCGAGUCCCCGUCAGGAGGAGGCAGCGCCGUGGAGGACGCCCCUCAACCGCCGCCCGCCUCCCCGCCACCAACGCUGCCCCCCGCCUUGCCUUCAGAGCCGCUUUCUGACGCCCUCCCCCUAGGACCGCCACAGGAGGAAGCAGCUGGCGGGCGCAGCGAGACGGACAGCAGCACGGUGGAGGUGGAGAGUCUGGGCGGCGAGCUGCACGACCUCCCCCAGGACGAGGGCACCGCCUCCCCCUCCAAGGUGUUCGACGUCAGCCUGUCGUGUAACAGCAGCAGCAGCUGCAGCAGCCAGCAGGACGGCGAGCACAAGUCCAAAGCGUCUGCCAGUCAGAAGCGUCAGAAAGAAUCUCAGGCCGCCGCCGCCACUGCCGCCGCCACCGCCGCAAAGAAACACAAACCAAACCGCAAGAGCCUCGGCGUGCCUCCCAAGAAGAACAGGAAGUCAGCCAACAGCAGCGACAGCGAGGACCAGUCCGUGGUCGAGACCAUCGCCAAACCAACGGCGCCUAAGAACAGCACGCCAGACGUAAAGACCGCCGCUUCGCCUAAAUGUCACGGACGAUCUCCUCCCUCGAGCCAUAAGUACCACAAGCAGAGCGACGGCGAGCACCGAGACAGCCACGGGAGAUCUCCUCGUGUUUACAAGUGGAGCUUCCAGAUGUCCGACCUGGAGAAGAUGAGCAGCCUGGAGAGGAUCUCGUUCCUUCAGGAGAAGCUGCAGGACAUCAGGAACCACUACCUCUCCCUCAAGUCUGAGGUGGCGUCCAUCGACCGGCGGCGGAAACGCAUGAAGAAGAAAGAGCGGGAAAGCACCGUGGCUGCUUCCUCUUCCUCCUCCUCCUCGUCCUCGCCGUCCUCCAGCUCGCUGACCGCAGCCGUCAUGCUGACGCUGGCCGACCCCCCGGUGUCCUCCUCGUCGUCCUCGUCUCAGAACUCUGGUGUUUCAGUGGAGUGCAGGUGACAGGACGGAGACUAACACGCCGCACUAAGCACUUAACCAGCAGCCGGGGCCCCGCCCCUUCUCCCCUCCGAUUGGACGGACGAGUUGACCUGCAGACUCUUAACUACUGGGGCACAAAAACCAGACCAGAGACAAAUCGAGAAACAAGCACUAUUUUCUAUCUUCAACUGUUUCCUCUGCACGCUGACUGACGUGGAGGAAGACGCUCGUUUGUCUUUUAGUGCUUACUGAACAUUUCUAAGAAUUGUUUUUGCGAGCAAUAAUUUGUUUCCAUUUGAUGAAGUAGUUCUGCUGGGGGAUGAUUCCAGUCUGUGUGCUCAGCGCCGUGCAGUCUGAGCUCGCCGUGUCACCGCGAGGCGUUCGAGGAACACUGGCAUCGAGGACGCAGGAAAUGUGACCGUGCCACGUGUCUCUGUCCACACUCAGUCAAAAGAAGACGUGUUACCAUAGCAACAGCAGAGAGGGAAAUGUCUCCCACACGGCUGAAACACAGAAUCAGACACCGACCGGCACAGGAAGCUGCUCUCUGUACAGGAAGCUGCUCACAGGAAGCUGCUCUCUGUACAGGAAGCUGCUCUCUGUACAGGAAGCUGCUCACAGGAAGCUGCUCACAGGAAGCUGCUCUCUGUACAGGAAGCUGCUCACAGGAAGCUGCUCACAGGAAGCUGCUCUCUGUACAGGAAGCUGCUCACAGGAAGCUGCUCACAGGAAGCUGCUCUCUGUACAGGAAGCUGCUCACAGGAAGCUGCUCACAGGAAGCUGCUCUCUGUACAGGAAGCUGCUCUCUGUACAGGAAGCUGCUCACAGGAAGCUGCUCUCUGUACAGGAAGCUGCUCACAGGAAGCUGCUCACAGGAAGCUGCUCUCUGUACAGGAAGCUGCUCACAGGAAGCUGCUCUCUGUACAGGAAGCUGCUCACAGGAAGCUGCUCACAGGAAGCUGCUCUCUGUACAGGAAGCUGCUCACAGGAAGCUGCUCUCUGUACAGGAAGCUGCUCACAGGAAGCUGCUCUCUGUACAGGAAGCUGCUCACAGGAAGCUGCUCACAGGAAGCUGCUCUCUGUACAGGAAGCUGCUCACAGGAAGCUGCUCUCUGUACAGGAAGCUGCUCACAGGAAGCUGCUCACAGGAAGCUGCUCACAGGAAGCUGCUCUCUGUACAGGAAGCUGCUCGGGUUAGGGUUUGUUUGUGUGAUGAUGUCAUCAUUAAUUAACUGAGCUGUGAACGAGCGGUGUGGGAACAUCUCUGCUUCAUGUAAACAAAGCUGCUCACGUGGUGGGCGGGGCUCUUCACAGGUGUUUAUGGGCGGGGUUUAGGACCAUCUACUCGAUGGUUGAACGUGGAAUGAUACUGUAGUGCCUUUUCGUUACCACGGGGCAUUCUGAGGACGGACGCCACUUUUUAAUCCUGAUCCUCGUGUCCAAUCAGAGGCUCCUCAGAAACCACUGGAUGCGGCGUGGGCGAGCGGCGUGGGCGAGCGACGUGGGCGAGCGGGCCGACAGUCUGAUGGGUUUUAUCAGUUUUUAAGGCGAGCUGGAUCACCUGACUCACCUGAAGUCGACUCGUCAGCUCUUCGUGUCGUCAGUCUUUAAAAACAUGUUUUCCUGUUUUGGUCGAUGACAUCAUGAACAGCUGACUCUCUUAAAGCGACAGUAGCCGUACGAAGACGCUGAAUCCAGUGUUUCAACAACAUGAACUUUAUUCACUCAUUAUCUGCAUCCAUUUCCUGUCUCAUCCCUACCAAAAUAAAAGUCUGGUUGUGUUCUGUGAGCUGAACAUCUUGUAAAUGUUUCUCUGUACAGACCUCGCUGUACCACGAUGUAACUGUUUGCUUUUGUUCUACAUUUGUAUAUUGAGCCGUGUUUGAGCUAUUUAAUAAAUAACGUGUACGUUCGUGUACAGGUUGAAGUGUAGUUAGUGUGUAAAUACUGAGAGUGACAGCAUGUUUCCUGAUGUUUCACUUCUUUUACGUUCUUUUUUAUUUCUUGUUUAGUUUGUUUUUGGAGCUCGUUGGAGGACGGCGAUGUUUGGAUGCUGAAGCUGUAUGAAAACUUUAAAGGUCAUAGAAGAAGAGAGUAAAGGAGCUCGUUGAUGAAAUGAUAGUAUUUAUUAGGCUCAUCUGAUGAUGGUCGAUGUGUAAUUUAUUGUAAAAAUGUAAGCAAAGCAGAAGCCUCUGUUUGAAAUAAAUGCCAUAGUUUGUGAAGUA